GCUCAACUUUCGAGCCCAUGAAUGCUAAAAUGAAGAUUCAAGUGCUCGAACUGCUCUGCCCGCAUGUGUUGCAGACAGUAAUGGCGCUUUUGCAGACCACAAUUUGCGUUCGCAUUUUCACAAUCCUCUUCUUCCUCGUCUUUCUCCUGUCUGGGAAAUCUUGUUGUAUCAGAACCCUGAAUCGGAUUGCGGACUCUAACAAGAUUCCGUCAAGCCAUCACUCCUUGAAAACGGCAGUCUUCGCUUUGGGAUGUUUCUGGAGAUCGGAAGCCGUCUUUGGUUGCUUGGAUGGAGUCGUCCGGACCACCGUCGGCUACGCCGGUGGUACUAAACUGAAUCCUGAGUAUCGUAGCUUGGGGGAUCAUGCCGAGUCUGUCCGGGUCGAAUAUGAUCCCAAGCUUACUAGUUUCAGGCAACUCUUAGAGGUUUUUUGGUCCAGUCAUGAUUCUAGGCAAGUGUUUGGACAGGGUCCGGAUGUGGGCAACCAGUAUAGAUCUAUCAUUUUUACUAAUGGCACCGAAGAAUCUAGACUGGCUGCUGUCAGCAAAGAAAGAGAGCAACUGAAGUCAAGAGGAAGCGCUGUAACUACACAAAUUCAGGAACUUGGAGCAUUUUAUCCUGCUGAGGCUGAACAUCAGAAGUUUGAGCUGAAGAGGAAUCCCUUUUUUCUUCAAUUAAUGGGCAACUUGCCAGAAGAGGAGCUUGAGAUGUCCACUUUGGCAGCAAAUAUGAACGGGUACGCCGCAGACCUCUGUCCUCCGAAGACUCAGAAGCAAAUUGAUGCCAAGAUCAACGACAUUAUAAAAAAAGGAUGGCCCAUUCUGAGAGAAAAAUAGGUUCAUCUUCGUGGAAAGCUCUAGCUUGGAUAGCAUUGCAUCAGUUUGUGUUCUUGCUACGGUUGGAUCAUUUUUAGGUUGCUGAAGCCCACAUUGUUUGGAUCAUUGAUUGAAUUUCCUCCCUCAGCUAGCUUCAAUUUUAUGUAUCUACAAAUUUCAUUCUUUCUUUCAAAUCCAUUAUGUAGAUUGAAUACCCAUUACCAAUUGGGAUUCUUCCAUUCUUUAAACCCUUCGCUUCCCCCAUCUCGUGUCAAGGAACUGAUCUGUAUUUAUAUCACAUUUUUAAAAUACGUUGAUUCAGAACAGAGCGAAUGAGUGAUAGCCUUGACUUGUGA